GAAUUACAGAAAGAUAUGCAAGGGAGUGCACAGGCAUUGGCAGAAAUAGUGAAAAACACAGAGAACUUCCUGAAAGAGAAUGGUGAAAAGCUGUCACGGGAAGAUCAGGCUUUGAUUGAAGAGAAACUUAAGGAAGCUAAGAUAAAGUGUGAACAACUCAAUUUAAAGGCGGAGCAGUCGAAAAAGGAGCUGGAGAAAGCUGUGACAACAGCAAUCAAGGAAGAGACGGAAAAGGUUGCAGCUGUGAAGCAGCUGGAAGAGAGCAAAACCAAAAUAGAAAACCUUUUGGACUGGUUGUCACAUGUUGACAAAGACUCAGAAAGGGCGGGGAUAAAACAGAAACAGGUGAUUGAACAGAACGGGACUCAUUUCCAAGAAGGUGACAACAAGUCGGAGAUGGGAGAAGAGGAUGAAGUUAACGGUAACCUGUUGGAAACUGAUGUGGAUGGGCCGGUUGCAACCACUGAGGAGAAUCUGAACCAGCAAUACCAGAAAGUUAAGGCCCAACACGAGAAGAUCGUCUCUCAGCAGCAAGCCGUCCUCCUGGCCACUCAGUCAGCGCAAGCCUUGCUGGAGAAGCAGGGUCACUAUCUCUCUCCCGAGGACAAAGAGAAACUGCAGAAGAACAUGAAGGAACUGAAAGCGCACUACGAAACUGCACUGGCCGAGUCGGAGAAGAAAAUGAAGUUAACACAUUCUCUGCAGGAGGAGUUGGAGAAGUUCGACACGGAUUAUGGAGAGUUCGAGCACUGGCUGCAGCAGUCGGAGCAAGAGCUGGAAAACCUGCAGGCGGGGGCAGACGACUUCAGUGGUUUAAUGACCAAACUGAAGAGGCAGAAGAGCUUCUCAGAAGAUGUUAUUUCUCACAAAGGCGACUUGAGGUACAUCACAAUUUCUGGAAACAGGGUGCUGGAAGCAGCCAAGUCUUGCAGCAAAAGAGAUGGCGGUGGCCAGGCUGACCAGCAUAAUACUGACACUUCUGCUGCUCACAGAGAAGUCCAGAGCAAAUUGGAUCGUGCCACGGAUCGGUUCAGGUCUCUCUACUCGAAG